AUGGACAACAAUUCAAUGGUUGGAUUCUUCACUAUCCAAUAUUCAUUUGUUGGAUUUGACGAAAUUUUAUUUCCCGUUUAUUCCGACGAUAUCUAUUGGUGUCAAGAAGUUCCAUACGCAAUAUUCAUUGCAAUCUACUGCACUUUCUUCAUGAUCCUUCAAAUCAUGGUGACGAGAGCAAUUUUGAUGGAUAAGGAAAUGCGAAGAUUGCCAGCGUAUCAGAUAAUGAUAUGGAUAUCAGUUUUUGAUUUCCUUCAACUUAUCGCUCAUAUAAUACCGGUUUAUUAUAUCCUUGAUUCGAAGCCGCAUUUCGGAGUUAUCGAUUUUCUUGUCGGAGCAAUUAUGAAUGCUUCUUGGGUCACGAUGCUCCUAUUGAGUAUCUUCCUCAACAUCAACCGAUUUCUUUCAAUCGUUUUUCACUUUUCAACCAACCGAUUUUUCUCGAAAAAUCUUAUGAAGGUCUAUUUAUCGAUAUUUGUUCUUAUUUGGUUCAGUAUUGCCGUAAUAAAUUCCACGAGUUUAAGCCAUUUCGUCUAUCUUUUGCCUACAUAUACUUAUCAUUACGUGGCUGAUUAUGAAUAUUCUCAUGUUAUUCGAGCAAUUAGCGCCGACAUAUCCUUAAUUGAUGUCAUUGUUUCAAUGCUUUCACAUGCAUUUAUAUUUACUUUCAUUUAUUUCAAAGCCUCGAUUCUUUCAAAACGAGAAUUCUUUUUAUCGCUUCAAGUUCUUUGCACUUCGAUUUUUCACGUUCUUGGAUAUAUUACAUGGGAAUAUAUUCCGAUUCCUUGGGAUCUGAGUAUUGGAUUAUUCCUCGGGCAUUUCAUUUGGAUGGUCUGGAAUUCGGUCAAUCCGGCACUCUACAUUCUAAUCAAUCCAAGGAUUCGACAUUUGGUGUUUAAUUCAGUUGGAAUCAAAAACUAUCCGGGUUCGGUUGUCAUCGUCAACACCCAACUAUCCGCAGUAAAAAGUUCGACUAGAAGCUGA